UCUCUCCCACUUUUCCUCUAUUCACUCUCCACUCUCUCCUAAUAUAUCUCAACAUUCACAAAUAACUUCCUUUUCCGGAUUUCUCAUAUUCUCUUCUCAAUUCAUAUAAAUCCGGGUAUAAGAGAAAAAAAAAAAAGAUUUGAGAAAGAAGAGAUAGAAGAGAGCGACGAAGAGCUUCAGUUGGAGCAGCCAGAAACACAGACAUAAAGAAGAAGGAGAAUAGUUUUGAGAGGGUUGUUCUGCAUUUUUGUGUCUCUAAGAAAUCAGAGAGGCCGGUAACGUUGUUAGAAGGUGUAGUACAGAGUAUGACUCCAUUGUUCAUUGCAUUUCGGAAUCUUCAGGCCACCCUGAAGAUACAGUUUCAGUAUCACAGUUGAAAAAAUCGCAAGGAGCUAAAGCUAUUGUAUUCAAUAGCAUUGCAUGUGUACGAAUGUUACAUGUACAUUAUACAGUAGCCAUGCAAGCCAAACCAUUCAAUCACGUUCAUUGAGAUUAUGAUUCAUUAGAGUGAAGCGAGAAAUAUAGAAAGAGAAACAAGAACAAUGUUCGGUACAAAGGAAGAAACUGAUGAGACUAUGGGAAAUGAGAACGAUUCGAGACGCGAAAGGGAACGGGAACAACAGAAUCUUCUGGUUGGACGACAAAGUGUUCUUAUGGAGCAACAGAACAUUCUGAUGGCGCAGCAGAAUAUUCUGACGGAGCAGCAGAAUGUUCUGAUGGCGCAGCAGAGUAUUCUGAUGGGGCAGCAGAAGAUUCUGACGGAGCAGCAGAAUGCUCUGGUGGCGCAGCAGAAGAUUCACACGGAACAACAGAAUGUUGCAGAUGAGCAGCAGAAGGUUGAGGAACACACGGAGCAGCAAAAUUCUUCUUCUGCAGAUCAUCAUGCAAUGGAGCAAUCUUCAAGUGAAGAAGACCCUUGGAAAAUCAAGAAAGUGCUGCAAGAUUUUGAUCUCACUCUACGACUUCUGGUGGCACCAUCAUUGGCAAGAAAUUUCAUGCUACCUGUGUUGAAUGCUACUGAUUAUGAGAUUGAAAAAGGUUUUGAUGUUGAGAUUUGGGAUGUGGACACUCACACCAAACACUCUCUCUUUUUCACCAAAAAAUCUCAUGCUUAUAUUUUAGUCGAUAACUGGAUCAAUGAUUUUGUGCAUAGAAGGGCUCUGCACAGAGGGGAUGAGAUUGGUCUUUGUUGGGAUCCAACCCGAAAGUGCUUUAAUUUUUCUGUUCUACGUAGGCCCCAGACAUGAUAGAAAUACAAGUUCUACAAUAAUACUGAUAAUACUGAAACAAGUUCUCCA